GGCAGCAUCAUCGCCACUCCUCCCAGUAGGAAGGGCGCAUCCCGGAUAGCUAGCUGGCUAGCUGUACACAGCAAAACCAUGGCAGUCAACCUCAGCAAAAAUGGCCCUGCAUUAACAGCUGCAUUCAAAGAAGUGGUAGAUGAAAAAUCCAAAACCAACUGGGCCUUAUUCACCUAUGAGGGAAACAGUAAUGAUAUCCGCCUGGCAGAUAAGGGGGAUGGUGGAUUGGAGGAGCUGGUUGAGGAGCUGAACAGUGGAAAAGUGAUGUACGCUUUCUGCCGAGUGCAGGACCCAAACUCUGGUCUGCCUAAAUAUGUCCUCAUAAACUGGACUGGAGAAGGAGUGAAGGAUGCCAGGAAAGGAAUUUGUGCAAAUCAUGUCAGCUCCAUGGCCAAUUUUCUUAAGGGGGCCCAUGUCACAAUAAAUGCCCGAGCAGAGGAGGACGUGGAGCCUGACGUGAUCAUGCAGAAGGUGGCCAAAGCCUCAGGAGCGAACUACAGCUUCCACAAAGAAGCCUCGAGCCGCUUCCAGGACAGCGGUCCUCAGGGCCCCGUGGGCUCAGUGUACCAGAAGACCAACGCCAUGUCUGAAAUCAGAAAGACCAACAAAGAUACCUUCUGGGCUCAGGCAGAGAAAGAAGAGGAGAAGCGUCGCCAGGAGGAAAGGCGUAAGGCAGACGAGGAGCGCCAGCGGCUGGAGAAAGAGAGGAAAGACCGGGAGGCAAAAGAGGCAGCACAGAGAGACAAAAGGGACAAGGAGAGGGCCUGUCAAAUCGAGCAACAAAAGAAGUACCAACAGCAGCAGGAGUCUGUGAGUACAGAGCAGGAGAAACAGCGCUGGGAGGAGCAGGAGGAGAACGAACCAGCCCAGAGGAAAGCAGUCAAGAGAGGUGAAUCUGUGGAAAAAGCCAAUGAGGCAGCUUCUCUCAUCUCUCAGCGUGCUGUGAACCCCAGAGAGAUGUUCAAGCAGCGAGAGAGGGGAAUCAUUCCUAGCGACUCAGACGUCCCCCCUGCUGCACCAGCAAGCCCUCAGCCAGGGCGUCUGCAAAGCCCUUUUCUGUCUAAGCCAGUGUAUGAGUCUGAGCGAGCCAGCUCACCUCAGCAACGCCAAGCUUCUCCUGUGCCAGCAGGCUCCGCCUCUCCUGUCCGUGCCACAGAGCCUGAUGUGGAUGAUGGACAGUCCAGGUGUGAGUAUGACGAGCAGGAGGCCACCCCCCAGGAGGAGCCUAAAGAUGAGGCACCAGCUGCAAACUCCUACGUCCAAGAGGCGGCGUACGAAGAGCCCGCCCAGGUGGAGGAGAAUAAUUAUGAGGUGACUCUGGAGGAGACAGCAGACAGAGGCAUUUGUGCUCGAGCUUUAUACGACUACCAGGCCGCUGACGACACAGAGAUCUCCUUUGAUCCGGAUGAACUCAUCACCGGGAUCGAGAUGAUCGACGAGGGCUGGUGGCGAGGCUACGGACCAGACGGUAGCUUUGGAAUGUUCCCAGCUAAUUACGUGGAGCUCAUCUAGCCAUGCGAGGCCCACCAACCCCCUCCACCACAACCCCAGAUUAUCACAGCGGCAGCCCUGGCAGAGUAUCUCUGCAGUAAAACAACACACAGCAGGAAGUCCUCACACACCAGUGAGCUGCUCCGGCUGAAGCAGAGAAAAUGAUCCUUGACAUCAUGGACCAAUGAUCGGACGGUAAUCGUGGGCCAGAAACAUUCAGAAAUCUUCCUUCAUUUCAACAAAGUGAUUCUAUUAAAUUGUUGAUGUUGUGAGCAGCUGAUGGCAUAGUUUAGGGAUUUGUGAAGACCCCUAGGCAGACCAAAACUCGCCCUCAUUCCCCCCAAAGCGUACAUCUCUUUACCUUUAAAUGUGAUGCAGUACGAUAUCAGCCUUUUGUUACGUCUUAAUGAAAUCGUGAUGGCACUUCUAUUUAGCAUUCCUUACAAAGUGACUUCAGUUCUAUUUCAGGUAAAUUUUAUUUUUUACUCGUAGCAAAUGUUCCUGUACAUUUCAGGAGGAAAAAAAAAAUCAAAGAUGGUGGUACCAGCUACAGUAUAAUCCUUUGCCUUGUUUUUGCCUUUCUUUACCGGCAGACUGAAUUAUUAUUAUAAGUUUUUUAAAUGUGAUUGAACCUACAUCCUGUGUGAUUUCAAACCAUGUUUUAGUACUGAUCUGACUGUGGUUUAAGUGAAUAUUAAAAAAAGUUUGCUGUGCUCUGAGUGGCCAACUUUAGCAGGAAUGCAUCAAACAGUUAAGUUCCCAGUAACUGUGAUUAUUUAAACUUCUCUACAUUUCCGUUUCUUUAUCAACAGAUUAUUUCAACAUAUCUAACAUUUCACAAGAGUUCUUUUUUGAUCUCACUGGUCUGAGGUUAUUUGAGUGCAUAACAAAAGUGUGCGGUAUAUGGUGCCAUAAAGCAGGGAGAUGAGUGCAGUGAGUGGUGACAUUCAUUUGACAGCCAGAUUUAUGCAACUUCAACGGUUUUAUUAAGGAACAAAAUUCGCUCUUUUAAGCUUUUAGCUCAGUGGAUGAAAGGAAAAUCGAUCGUGGAUUUAAAGAUAAAAAGGGCAUCAUGUAUCCACUGCAUUUCAUGUUUUUUUUCCUUUUUUUCCAGAGUCUAUUGUUAUGCACAUUCUUCAUAAUAAAAAGAAUAAAGAA